CCACUACUACUACCACCACCACCAUCACCGUCAUCAUAUCCCGCCAUCGCCUUGAUACUGGCAUCACACCACAGGCAGCUUCGAUCGCCAUCGCCUCGUCCUUCCCUGCGAUCUGCCGCCGCUGCCGCUGAGGCUCACGAUCUCGACCCUCCGCCGCAAUGUCUCGCCCUCGCUUCUUCAAUGCCCCUCGUAAAGGCGAGAACUUUGAGCUUCGCGCUGAUCUCAAUUCCGAGUAUCGCGAGCGAAGGAGUGAUGCCAUCAAGAGGGUCAUUGCCAACAUGACCGUGGGCAAAGACGUCAGCGGCCUCUUCCCAGACGUGCUGAAGAAUAUGCAGACCGAGGACCUGGAGCAGAAGAAGCUCGUAUACCUCUACCUCAUUAAUUACGCAAAGACGCAACCAGAACUAGUCAUCCUGGCAGUCAACACUUUCGUAAAGGACACUGCCGAUCCCAACCCGUUGGUCCGAGCUCUAGCCAUCAGGACAAUGUCGAUGCUCAGGGCGGAGAAGAUCAUCGACUAUCUGUCAGAUCCUCUGUCUCGAUGUUUGAAGGAUGAUAACCCCUACGUCAGGAAGACGGCUGCGAUCUGUGUCGCAAAGCUGUAUGACAUCAAGCCGGAACUGGCAAUCGAAGGUGGUUUCGUGGAGUCUUUGAGGGAACUGGUGGCAGAUAGCAACCCCAUGGUCGUCGCAAAUGCAGUCACAGCUUUGACAGAUAUACAUCAGACCGCCCUAGAGCAAGGCCUAGACACACUCUUCAUCAUUGACUCGGCAGUCCUAUCCAAGCUACUCAUUGCCCUGAACGAGUGUACAGAGUGGGGAAGGAUAGCAAUCCUGAAUUCUCUGGCCCGAUACAGGACUACCGAUGAGAAAGAGGCUGAACACAUCUGCGAGAGGGUCAUGCCUCAAUUCCAACAUGCUAAUGGCAGCGUAGUACUUAGCGCCAUUAAGGUCAUUAUGAUCCAUAUGGAUCACGUCGGCAAGGCUGAGUUCGUCAAGCAGCUUGUGCGCAAAAUGGCUCCACCCCUCGUCACCCUUGUGUCAGCUGCUCCCGAAGUUCAAUGGGUUGCCCUCCGCAAUAUGAAUCUCAUUCUGCAAAAGAGGCCAGAAGUCCUAUCUUCAGAGCUCCGGAUAUUCUUUUGCAAGUACAACGAUCCGUCCUACGUCAAGCUCGAAAAACUAGAGAUUAUGAUCAAGCUCGCCAAUGAGCGCAAUGUGGACAUGCUACUCUCAGAGCUGAAAGAGUAUGCCAGCGAAGUCGAUUUGGAUUUCGUGCGAAGGAGCAUCAGAGCCAUUGGGCAAUGUGCUAUCAAGAUCGACGCAGCGGCGGAGCGGUGCGUCCAUGUGCUGCUGGAUCUCAUUGCUACAAAGGUCACCUAUGUUGUUCAGGAAGCCGUCGUCGUCAUCAAGGACAUCUUCCGGAAGUAUCCCCAGAACUACGAGGGAGUCAUACCCACGCUUUGUGCCAAUUUGGAAGAUCUCGAUGAACCAGAAGCCAAGGCCUCACUCGUCUGGAUUCUCGGCGAGUAUGCGGACAAGAUCGACAAUUCGGAAGAGCUACUCGCCUCUUUCCUCGAUGGCUUCGUCGACGAGCCAUACCAGGUCCAGUUUCAGACGCUGGUCGCGAUUGUCAAGCUCUUCCUGAAGAAGCCGGAUGGCGCAGCGCAAGGGAUCGUGCAAAGGGUUCUCGAGUUGGCGACCAAAGAGGCGGACAACCCCGAUCUGAGAGAUCGCGCAUUCAUCUACUGGCGGCUUCUCAGCAGCUCCGAUCCAGAGGCGGGCAGAUCUAUUGUCCUAGCUUCGCGGCCCCCUAUCUCUAUCCCAUUAUCGACGAUAUCCCCCGCUCUACUGGAGGAGUUGAUUUCCGACCUCUCUUCGCUAGCCUCCGCCUAUCACAAGCCAGCCUCCACUUUCAUCGGGAAGGUGAAGUAUGGUGCAGACUCAGCAAAGAAAGGGGCAGCAACCAGAGAGCAGGCGCUGGCUACAGUGGUACAAGGGCAAAAUGCCGAGAAUCUGCUUGACUUCGGAGAAGACGACGUGCAGAGCAGUACCGGCGGCUUAGGUGCCCUGGACGAAAUGAUUUUGAACGACACGCAUGCAUCUGCACCAGGUCAGACCAACAGCACGACGGCUGCGAGUAGCCAGCUGAACGACCUUCUUGGACUCUUCGAUGCAGCACCUGGAGCCGAACAGCCGGGGGCAAAAUCGGGCCUAGAUGCUCUCUCUUCCCUAUCAGCAUUCCCGCUUGCUUCGUCCACUCCAAACAGCCGACCCUCUACCGCACAGCAGACGGGUGGGAGUGCAGACUUGUUGGAUCUGCUGUAAAUUGUCUCAAUGCUAUAUACGUCGCACCUCAUCGGCGUCAUGAGAACUCUCACUCUGUAUUCCUCUGCUACUGCUUCAUUGUGUGUCAUCAUUCUCUGUGGCAAGCCCGGGCGCCUUGGCAACUUCUCGUUUGUCCACCUUCGCGAGCGCGAACACGUCCCCGACCCCAUCGCUAGCAAUGGUCGACAACACGACGACCCAUAACGCUUCAAUUGACGGGCUCGAUCGACCAUUAUCAUCUACUGAAGAGCAGAAUCAUCGUAGUCAGGGUGUUUCGCAGUGCACGAGAGACGAGGCUGACUCUGACCCCUCGGUCCCUACACGAAGUCCAAACUGCGAGCAUGUUCGAGCAGAGACAGUGUCCGUGCAUCGGCGUCCGAAGAGCGGAUCCUAUGUGAACGUCGGUCCCAGAGCCCGUUUGUCGACACGGCAGUCCGACCGUGUCGCAGCAGUCA